CAUGUAGGAACGCACGUGGCAGAUCAAUCCCAGUCAGCAAUCCUUCCUCUUUAAAACACACGCUCCAGGCCUCGGCUCUUUAUCCUCUCUUUCGCCAAAUCAAGAUCACCACACAACUGAAAGCUCUCAUUUCCAUCGCUCUCUUUUCUUUUUGUGUAUUGUUUGGGUCUUGUCGCCGGAGAUCAUUUUUUCGCCGGCAGGUUGAAUCUAUUAACAUGUAAAUGGAGGAUUCGGCUACUGAUUGUAGGUGUUUGUUCAAUUUCCAAAGUGAAAGGGUGACGUUACCUUGCCGUCGAGUAUUUCGGGAACUUUAACAGUAUUUUUCUAGAAAUCCAAAACAAAAGCGACUUGUACUUAGCAGAGUUUAGAAGUUAUUCCAUGCUUUGUCUCGCAAAUCAGAGUCAAAUAUAAUACUAUUGCUUUGUAAUAAUUAGAAUCUCUGGAGGGGGACUCAACUCUUUAGAGUCUCUCCAAAUUAGAAAAAAGUUGGUAAAACGCAGCAAAUUCUUGGGUUUCCGUGUCGCCUUGAUCUGCUGAUCUUAUUCUGUGUGGAGUAAUCAAUGCUUCUGCUGCUUCAUUUAAUCGAUGUAUAGAGUAGAGAGUUUUACAGUUCAACUAACUUUUUUUAAGGAUUUCUCUUGAAUUUCUUCGUCCCUCAAUCUGUCUUGAGAGCGAAGAUAUUUUAGGUUUUUUUUUUCCCCCGAGGUUUCUGUGCACUCUGUUGGCAGAAAUUAAUAAUUCAAUAAUGGAGGAGAGAAUUUGAUUAGAGUGAGGAGUUUUUUUUUUUUCCUGUGUUGUUGAUCACUGCGAUCAUGCCUUUUCCAAUGAAGAUUCAGCCGAUCGAUUAUCAAACACUCGAUGAACCAGUGGCUCACCAGUUGGAGUCAGUAAAGCCGGUGGGGAAAUCACGAUUGAAGCGACUGUUUGAGAGGCAGUUCCUGAGAAAUUCAGCUGCUGAAAAGGUCGGUGCCAUCGAGGAGUCGCAUUUGAAGGACGGCUGUAACGAGUUCGAGCCGAGUUCGGUGUGCUUGGCGAAAAUGGUGCAGAACUUCAUCGAGGAUAGCAACGAGAAGCAACCAUCAGUUAGGUGUAACCGUAAUCGCUGCAACUGCUUCAACGGAAAUUGUAACGACAGUUCUGAAGAUGAAUUUGACUCGUUUGGUGGUUUUGGCGAUUCUAAUCGUUCCUCCUCUGUUGAAGCAAUUGAAAUUCUAAAGAGUUUGGUGCUGUGUGCAAGUGUUUGUGAGAGGAAUUUGCUGGCGGAUACAGCGAGGGUUGUUGAUAAGAACAAGAUUUGUAAGCAAAAAGAUGAUGUUUGGAGGAAGAUCGUUGUUGAUGGUCUGUUGGCUCUUGGAUAUGACGCUUCUAUCUGCAAAUCCCGCUGGGAAAAAGCCCCCUCCUAUCCCGCCGGGGAAUAUGAAUACAUAGAUGUGAUCAUCGCAGACGAGAGGCUGCUAAUUGACGUUGAUUUCAGAUCAGAAUUUGAGAUAGCUCGAUCAACCAAGAGCUACAAAUCUCUUCUCCAAAUUCUACCUUCCAUCUUCGUAGGCAAAGCUGAUCGUCUCCAGAAGAUUAUUGCCAUUGUAUCGGAUGCAGCAAAGCAGAGCCUUAAGAAGAAGGGCAUGCCCAUUCCGCCAUGGAGAAAAGCAGAGUACAUCAAAGCUAAGUGGCUUUCUCCUCACCCGCGAACCACACCUCCUCUUAGCUCAAAAGAAACAUAUCCUAAACCGGAAAAGGAGCAAACUUUGGUUCAAAAUGGGGUUGCGGAGAUUGAACGGAGUUGCCAAGAGAAGAAUUCAGUGGAGGAUGAUGCUGAGAUGGGCGAGUCUGUGUUUGCUUUGUCAUCUGAAGGUUCCGUGGCAGAAGAGGAGGUUAUGGCGGUGAAAGAAUGGAAGCCACCUGAUGUUAAGCCCAAAAGUUUACAAAUUGGGAUUAAGAUGGUGACCGGAUUGGCCUCUGUUAUCGAAGAUGAGCCUUGAAAUUUUGACCCUCCUCCCUUUUUUGUCCUAUUUUUUUUUUUUUGACAGUGAAGAACAGAUUAUAUGAUCCUAUAUGUUUUAACGGAUCAAACCAGAACCCCUUCUAUUUUUUGUGUAAGGGUGUGAUUUUACUACUAAUAUAAUAAAACUCUUUACUGUAAGAAGAAUGGCUAAUACAAAUGACAUAAUUUCCUGAGUUUUUUUCGUUAAUCCUCUCCCUGUUUCUAAGCUUCUUAUUUAGAGUAUAGUGUUUGUAUAUAUAUAUAUAUAUCAGAUGAGGUUCAUUUGAUUUUAUAUUUUGUUCCUAUCCAUUGUCGGUUUCCUUGUAAUCUUAUUCAAGUUCUCACAGAGAAGGGGAUCUUUACUCCAGAGCAAUCGAAAAAAAAAAGUAACAAGAGAAGAAGGGUAAUCGCCAUUUUUUAUUUCUCUGUUUUUCAAUCCGUCAUAUGUCAUCAUCUAUUGGUGAUUUUAUAUGUUUUUCUUGAAGGCAAGCAGAACAGAAUUUGAUGAUGAAGAGAGAAUAGACUCGUGCUUUCUCGAGCUGCGUGAGGUGAGGACUGGAAGAAAACCAUUUUUAAUAGCCCAGCCACAUGGCUCUCUGUUUUCUUAUUCAAUGUUUUUAUUUUAUUUACUCUAAUUAUUCUUGUGUACUUGAGCAAUGAAGCUCUUCUUUUGAAUUAGAUAUUCUGAUUAGUUCGUGACAGUUUAUUAGUCUCAUUCAUAUCACAGUAGUUGCUUGUUGUGGAAUCUCGGCAGAGAGGAGAGCAGUUGGUCAUGGGUGGUUGGUAUUUUUCUUUGCCGUGUGGGCUUGGUAAAUGAGGUGGUUGCUCCACUACCUUUUUGACCAUACAAGCGCUCUCGACUCUUUUUAUUCUCUAUGGUUUGAUGAUCAAUGCUCGAUGAUCUGGACGAGGAUUAAGAGGAGAAGAUAUAAAGAUUUUCAGGUUUGUAACUCGGACUGGAUUCGGUUAUUUUCAACUAUCAAGGUCAAUGUAUAAUAUUUUGCCUUCAUAUCUACGAAUUUAGCAUCUGUGUGACGAUGCAUUGCGACUAUACUCCAGUCUGCUUGAUUGGUUUGUGGAUUGGAUUGGUUCCGUUUGGAAUGGGAGAAAAUGAAUUGCUUGCUAUUUUUGUUU